GUGGCUGUGGCUGUGGCUGUGGCGUGUAUGCCCUAGUUUAAGGCGUGAGCUGGGCUGGGGAACGGUGGAGCCAGUCAGCUAGAUUCAGGAAGUCCAGUGAGUGCUCCUGACACCAGGAGCAGGACUGGGUGCCGGUGAAACUUCAGCAGGGAACACCCGGGGCGCUUUCCUCCCCACCACGCGGGUGUCACCCACUGACCCGCAGCGCCGCCUCUCUCCGGGGACCUGGCAGUGAGAGGGAGGGGCUGGAGGAAGGACCCAGACCUCGCCCUUGUGCCCAAGUCACUUCAGACAGCUCCCGGGCAGAUCAUAAGUCCCGCCUGCAGGAAGGAAGCCUUCCAGGGGUCCCAAAGGUGCUCCUGGUGGCAUGCCCAAAUGUGAAGCUGAAAGAGGAAUACAUUCCAAGCGGCUAACACUGUGUCCUGUGGAGCCCAGGGUUUAGAUAAUUGGAAUCCUCUGGCCCCACACUAUAGUCCAGCACCAUGGAGAGAAACAGUUCCUUCUUCAACUCUAUCUGGGAAACCAUCCGGACCAGACAUGAAAGAGGCAUCUUUAACACGGUCUGCCUGGCUGUCCUCCUGGGGCUGCCCCUGGUGGUGGUCCUCACACUCCUCUUCGUCUGCUGCCAUUGCUGCUGUAGUCGGCCACCCAAGAGCAGCCAACAGCCAGACCAGAACAAGAAGAAAAAGAAGAAGAAAAAGAAGAAGAAGGAUGAAGACCUCUGGAUCUCUGCUCAGCCCAAGCUCCUCCAGAUGGAGAAGAGGCCAUCGCUGCCUAUCUAUUGAUCAAGGAAGCAGAAGGAACUCCCCUUGGAGCCGAACCUCCCAUCAGCCACAGAGACUUGGCAGGAGCCUUUGAAGCAAUGCAUUCGUGUCCACAGAUUACUCAACCAAGGAACAAAUUUCAGACUGAGCAUCCCAAUGGAGGGGAGCACAUGGACAGUUCUUACAGGGUCUUGGCAGCUAUGUGUCCGAUAACAGAGCUCUCUGUUGCAGUCCCAAGCAUCUAUUACACUGUCUCUGGUAUACUCAAUCACAAAAGCACAGAAAACAUGUAUACAUGCAUCUUAGAUGGCGUCCAACUUUGUAUGUACCAUAUGUAUUACAUUUGAACAUCAGGUACAAGGGACAGUAUGCUCUACUUACCACAUGGCCAUUUAAUAUGUACUUUGCUCAAAUAUGUAUAUAUACAUGUACUGAAAUUCCUUAUGGGAAGAUACGUCCAGAUUUAGGCACAUAUGCACAAUUAAAUAGCCAUGUAAGGCCCUAAGCCCUGUCUAUUUGCCAUCCAGGUUGGAGACGGGUGCUUUCCUAGUCCUAUACCUACACAGUAUUUUACUGAAAAUACAUUUGGACAUUCCAGGAAUCUAAUACAACCUCCACCCCAGUGUAUGUUGAUACAGAAGCUAGUAGUUCCUAUAUGCUUCUGACCUUUUGCCUGUACCUAAAAGUUUAACAUAUAGCUCCAAAUACAUUCGAAGCUCUUGGCUUGCAACUCACGUCAGGUCCUUAUUGCCACUGACAGGUGUUUAAUGUGGCCCAAGACCUCUCGGGACAUUACCCCAUAACUACUCAGCAAGGUGCCCUUUUCUGAGCAGUGAUGAACAGCUCUUGGCAGUGACUACUAGAAAGCUACAGAAACCCAUAUUCUCUUCACUGGACUGUAGUUGUAUACCUGUGUGAUGUAUAUGCACAUAGAAAGGGCAAGGAGCUGCCUGAUGUGAGCUAGCUAUAUGUUCCGUGUGACCGAGGGUUUUCAGAAAGGAAACAAGUAAGAUCAUCCCAAGUCCACUCUCAAAAGCAGCACACACACGCACGCACACACACAUACACCCUGUGUUUGUAGUAGUGUAUAGGUUAAAUGAAAGAUAAAACUGUAAAGACAUUUGUUGCUACUCACGUUGAUGCUCAGGCAAAUAUCUUUUACACAGUAGGUACUCAUAACUGUGGAUGGAUACACAGUGGUGUUAAGGAUAAACCUGUAAUACCUCAUGAUUUCCCCAGCGACCUAAUCUUUUAAGACACCCCACUAACUGCUACAAAAGCUGAGACCAGGGUGGCAUUGACAUACGUGCCCGUGGUACCUGAGGACAUGCCACGUUCUGAGCAAAGGAGAGCCUUUCCUCCCCAGGCUAAGGCUAAGGGAACAGACUGCUUGGCGUUUUUAUUACAUCGCGGCCAUGUUACGAAGGCAGAGAGCUCCCAAUUCGGACGUGGAUUAUACUCUCACAGCUCAUCUGCACAUCUACUGGGGAGCGCUUUAAAUAUUUUUCCCAUGGAGAUCAUUAUAGAUAGUGGCAGAUCACUGUCUAAUUAAGGACAUAGCCAAAUUAUGACAUUACGGUAGCAAGAAAAACAAAAUCCCUGAAUUUGAUGAGACUGUAAUGAAUGGAAAGCUGUACUUUACUGGCUCCCCCCUGCGACUCGGGGUUCAACUCCCUCUGUGCUCCAGGCCCUUGGCGGGUAGCUAUCUACCGGUGGCUCUCAUACCUGGGUCUUCCAGCAGAACAGUCAGAUUCUCUCUCUCACCCUACAUAAGCUUCAUGUCACUAGGCACUGACACCUCUCACCCACAGGCCUCUCUGACCACAGCAACACUUCCUGAUUAUUUUCCCCUAUGUCACACGGGGAUCUUGUGGAUUGCCUGGCUGGCUUCCUCAUGUGACAGAAUGGCCAGUCUUCUCCCCAUACCACAUGCCCUUCUCUGCCAACUGCUACCCACAAGGCAUCCUUCCCACCUCCAACUCUCAGUUGCCCUAAGACAGAAGACUUGGGGUAGAGGAGAGGCAGGACAGCAGAGCUGGGAUGUCAGAUACGGUCUGCAAGGAUGGAUCACCAGGAUCAGGGACCAUACAAAUUACAUGGUUUCCAUGACAACUGGCUGCCGGUUUGAAUUAAGACAGCAGUCAGUUGUCACUGACUGCCCUAACAAGGCCUCUGUCUCCAGGCACAGUGUACCUACUGCUUUCUAAUCAAACAGACUUGAGCCAGUACCUGUCAUGAAACACCCAGAAAGUCAAUUCUCAGUUGCUUCUAUAUCCUGGAAUCUGGAAGUCCCAACUCUGAUUGGAUCAUUCCUUCCUGUCACAAUCUGACAGCCUUUCUAGAGAAGCUAGGACGGUGCAGGGCCCAUGAUAUGAUAAGUCUUCACACUGAUGCUGGGGAGCGGAAACCCAGAGCAGCGCUUCAUGUCCAGGCUCCCAGCUUUACUCUUUUCCAGUUCUUCUCGUAUUACUUCUUUACCCUGUAUCAUGCCAGUUCAUUUCUUUAUCUCUCCACUUUGUUUCCCUCACUCUGUCCCAGAGUUGCCAUGGCUACAGUUUAGCGGCAGGGUACCGUUUAGGACCUGUGCUUACCUGACCCGUCAGGGAAGGGUAAGUUAAUGGAAAACCUAAGAGGCUUCAGCGGACUGGAGGAAUGGCUCAGCAGUCAAGAGCACUUGUUGCUUUUGUAAAAGACCCAGGUACCAGGUAUGCAUAUGGUAUACAUGCAUACAUGUGGGCAAAACACUUGUACACAUAAAAUAAAUCUCUUCAAAAUUUUGAUAACAAGAUUCAUUUAAAAAGAGGCCCUUUAAACCAACAUGGGCUUGGGGAAGGGCUCCCUCCAUACUGGACUUCUGGUCUACCUUGAUCACACUCCAAUAUAGUCAGAGGGAUCUUUGGCCACUGUUGAUGGACUUUUUAUAUCUUUAGAGGAGGAAAAAGAAUAGAAAAAUGUAAAUAAAGGGCUGUCACUUUUUCAAGGAGAAUAUAUAAAUGAUCAAAGUUGUACAGUAUUUGUCAAUGUUUUUCUGUAAAAUUCUAAUACACAUAAAAGUUUAUUUAAAUAAAUACU